AUGGCGGUUCCCCAAGGGAUUGCAAGUGUGUACAUCUGGAUCACGUCGUUGUGCGAUGACUCCCUACUAUUAGUCAGUUGUAAACAUCUUGUUCAGUUCUCUAUUCCUUGGUCGCCCGGACCUGAGGCCGCCCAACCUCGACCCUCGAACAGCAGCUCGCUUCGCACUAUGCCUAGACGGACGUACAUACCUACUCUGGCCGUGGUCAUCAUCACAAUCACCAUUCUUUUCCUUUUCUCUAGCUUCACGCAAUCUCGUCAAUCAUGGCGGCACUUACCACAGCAAGUGCAUCCGGGGCAGCAUGUUGGAGAGGAGGAUGCGAAGAUGACACAUGGUAAUGGAGUAGCAUCAAAGGGCACCGCGACGGAUCCCGACUAUGUAAAUUGGAAUCCACGGCCCCUUUUUAAGCAGGGCACAUCGAUGCCGCCAGGCCACAACUACACAUCCAUGCUGGUCAUCGCAAAGACGAGGGAGGAAAAUGUAGAUUGGAUCCUGCAUGAGUUACCCGAUCAGCCAGUGGCAGCCUAUGUCGCAGAUGAUCCAAACGCACCGAUGCAUGCUCCAAAGAACAAGGGACACGAAGUCAUGGUCUAUUUGUCGUGGAUCAUUGACAACUAUGACAACCUACCGGAUGUUACCAUGUUUAUGCACGCGCAUCAGAUAGCCUGGCACAACGAUGCAUUGCUGGACAGCGAUGCCCGCCUCCUCAUUACUCGCCUCAGUCGACCGCGUGUGUGGAGGGAAGGAUUUGUCAAUAUGCGGUGCACCUGGCACCCUGGUUGUCCCGACUGGAUCCACCCGGGCAAGACGGAAAUGGAUCCCUUCAAAGAGGAAGAACACCUCAUCGCCAAGUCAUGGAGUGAGCUAUUCCCUCUCGAUGAAGUACCGACGGUGCUUGCAACACCAUGCUGCGCGCAAUUUGCUCUUUCCCGUGAUCGCAUACAAGCAAGACCAUACGCCCAAUACCUCUGGUAUAGAGACUGGCUGUUCAACAGCAGACUUCCGGACCAUUUGAGCGGCCGCAUGUGGGAAUACGUAUGGCAGUUCGUCUUUACAGGCUCAAAUGUCUACUGCCCCAAAGAGCAUUUGUGCUUUUGCGACCAAUACGGAACUUGCUUUGGCAGCGAAGAAAUCUAUGCAGACUUCAUUGCGCUCGCAACUGAGCUUAGCGAUCGCGAGGGCGACGUCAACCACUGGAGAGAACAGAAGUCGAGAUACGAAGAAUACCAAAGUUUGUCUGAGGAGGAGAGGGCCAAUUACUCCCCCAGCGAGGGAGUUCCCGAGGAACCUGACGAGGAAAAGCUUGCAAAGCUGCAAAAGGUGAUUGACCGUCUGAAGCCGCUCCUGGAGAAGAUGAAGGCGGAUGCGGAGGAGAGGGGCAAAGACCCGGAGAAUAGGGCUUUGGAGGCGGGGAGAGAAUGGCAUGAAGGUGAUGGGUUUUAG